CGUACGAGAGAAUAAGCUCAAUUUGUAAUUUCUUAAAUCACUUUUAAAUACAUAUAUACUACCGAUUUAUUUAAUUUGCGUUGUUGUUAUAACCCAAUCGUAAGUUUAACAAAAAACCCACUAAAACGUACGAAGCCGUAUAGUAGGAAAAUUUUUAAAUUUUGAGAUGUGAUACUGGCAAUCCUGAUUGGUUGUUUUCAAAUUGACCCGCCGUGCGAAAAUUAAUAAAUAAACAAAACAUGUAGAAUACGGGAAAAAUGGCUUUGAAUAUGCAAAUAAAAUAACACCCAAUAUGUCUUCCUAUUCGUUCCAUGGCACUUCUAAAACAUGGACUCCGCGUGAUGAGUGUGAAAGCCAACAAAUUACGGCAGCUGAUUCAAAACAGGUCUACAAUGACUGCAGCUUGCAGGACAUUAGCUGCGAGCUCGACAAUGAGAAAUGGAGUGUUAAACAACUUACAUGCCUGUUACGCCUCUACGGCGCUCAUCGCUGCCUCUGGGACACAUGCCAUCCGGAUAAUCGUAAUCGCAAACUGCGUAAAGCGGCACUGAUUGAUAUCACAGCAGCCAUGGGUGAUGGUGUUACAUUUGCGCAAGUUUUGCAAAAGAUCAAUGUUCUCCGUGCCACUUAUCGCUACGAAAAACGCCGCAUUAAGCAGCGUAUACGAAGAGGGAUAGGCGCUAAAACUAAGUUGAAGUGGUUUGCUAUAGCGGAUUCGUUCUUGAGGAAAGUUCCCAGGACAGAGAAAAAUAAGAAGACAGAGGACGAUAAUAGCGACUCGGAUUUGGAAGAAGCUAUAGUAAUAACUGUCGAUUCUGAAACGUUGAUACCAUCAGAAAACGACGCUCUUGCGCAAUAUUUAGAUGUUGACAUCAAAAUGGAGCCUGAGGAGGAGCAUGCAAGUGAGACAAAUAAAAGCUACCCAGGGAACGCAUCUUAUCUGCCAGCUAAAACUGGAGGGAGCUUUACAAUUGCAGGAGAAAAUGCUUUAAUUGAACAACGUAAAUGGACUACUCACGAGUCCUUACAGUUUGUUUUUCUGUUACGUUCUUAUCCACUGCUUUGGCAGUUGACGCUAGGCGAUGAAACUGAGAUUGAGCAGCAGUCUUUUAUGCAGGUAAAAGCUUUGGAAGAGAUUUCACGUACAAUGCAGCUGCCUAAGCAUCGCUUGCUGAAACGCUUACAAAUCUUCCUGAGCACCUACCGACUGGAGAUAGCGAAAAUUAAAGAGGAUAGCGCAUAUAAACCGGAUUUUGUUUGGUGGCCCAUGGUACAGGAGUAUCUAGAUACCCCCAAGCUGGAGUCGGUAAAUGCGAUUGAAAGCCAUGCCGACAGUAGUCAGCCUGCUCACAAUGCAUCUGAGCCAAUAGAUGGCUCAAGCUUUGACACAUCAUCUUUUAAACCAACUAUUGGUUUUCCUUUAAGCGCGUCAGCCUCACCAGCUGUGUCCCCAAUUUGCUCACCACCACCUAUAAACGAAGACAGCAAUAGUAUGAGUGGCUGCCCCUUUACUGAGCAUCAACAUUUCAGCAAACCACCCAUGAAACUCAUCUGGAAUGGACUCGAAGACAAUCUGCUCGAAGGCAAAUGGUCGCUCAAACAUUCUGUGAAAUUCUUACGUCUCUAUGGUGCACACCGCUGCCUUUGGGAUCUUAAUGAUUCAGAUUAUCGUUCGCGUGAAAUGCGUACUGCUGCUAUUGAAGAUAUUGCCGCCGCUAUGGGCUAUGGCUUGGACGCUGAAUAUGUAGCAAAAAAGAUAAAAAUCUUUCGCAUUACUUAUAUGCAGCAUAGGAAACGUAUGCUGGAGGCCAUCAAAGAAAAUCGUGAGCCCGAUAUACAAUUACGUUGGUUUCCCUUAGCCGACAGCUUCUUGCGUCCACACAUUGGCUUGCGGUCGAUUAAGGAACAAGAGCGCGAAAUGCCGCAAUUUGAUUUUCAAUAUGUUUAUGCGAAUUUGAAUUUAAUUGAUCCAGGCCUGCUGGCUGAUUUGAAGUGAAUUACGAUAAAGGCCUAUAUGAAUACAUAAUAUAUUUUAUGUACUAUAUACAUACGUAUAUUUUAAGAUCCUUAAAGGAUAACUAACCUUCAGCACCGCAACUUAGCUAAUAGGUUUCUUAUGAUCUAAGUCAAUUUGUAUAUUUUAUGCCGCCAUAUAAAUGUAUGCAUAU